UGAGAAACACAUGAUCUGCGAAAGCAAAUGGCCUCUUCCCAGUAAGUCCGUAGGGAUACAGAAUCCAGAAGUUCUCCAGAAGAACCAACAAUUGGCUCAGUCUAUCAUCACCAAGUUGGCCACUCCGUCCGCUGCGGAAGGAGAGAAGACAGUAGCCGCAGUCAAUAUCACUCCUAAAUCACAGUAGAAGCAGAGAAAUGGGAAGGCGGUGGACGGUCGGCGUUUUGAUCGUCCUCCUGGGAAUAGUUAUCGGAAACAAGCAAUUCGGCUCUCGUUUUGGCUGGGACAAAGACGCUGCACUUCACCUCUUAGCUCAAUGGUCCGAUCGACUGGGCAUUUGGGCCAUGCCUCUGUACGUUGCGGUUCACACCCUCACCCUCGCUCUCUGCUUGCCCUACGCCGUUUUCUUCGAGGCGGCUGCUUCUCUCCUGUUCGGCUUCUUCCCGGCGCUUCUCUGCGUUUUCUCUGCCAAAAUCUUGGGAGCUUCCCUGUCCUUUUGGAUCGGCAGGCUAGUUUUUAGGAGAUCAAGCUCAGCAGCUGGGUGGGUGCAGAGGAAUAAAUACUUCCAUCUCCUUUCAAGGGGAGUUGAGCGAGAUGGUUGGAGAUUUGUCCUUCUGGCACGCUUCUCACCUGUUCCCUCUUACAUGAUAAACUAUGCUCUGGCUGCCACUGGAGUUGGCUUCUUGGUGGACUUUCUGCUCCCUACAGUGGUUGGGUGCCUGCCUAUGAUUCUGCAGAAUACAUCCAUUGGCAGCCUUGCUGGUGCUGCUGUUGCUUCUGCAUCUGUUUCUCAGAGAUCUAAGGUUUGGUCAUAUUUGUUUCCCUUGCUUGGAAUAGCAUCUAGCAUUAUCAUCUCCUUGAGGAUUAGAAAGUACUCCUCUGAAUUUGCAAAGGUUGCAAGUGAUCCAAGUGGUAUUGCUGACGUUGGCAAUUCGUCUCCAUCCCUACGUGGCAAUCAAGGUAAAACUGACUAGGAUCAUGAGAAAUCAACACCAUGAGCGAGUUAGUAUUGACAGUUUUCCCCACCCGGCAGUUGCUGUUCCAAGUAAUGUCUUUUAUGAACUAUAGCAAGAUAUAGUAAAAAUAUUUCUGUUGGAAGUCGCUCAUUAUUUCAAUCCCUGCUUUGCGGACUAUAUCUGGUGACUAAGAGAAAUCCUUUAGUCGAUUUUCUAUUCUCUCUCUCUCGAGCAUUACUUGAGUAAGAAGUAAAAAGUGUAUUUGAAAGAGUUGGUAUAACAAGGCAGCUGACUACGA